AUAUGGUACUGGUGUAAAAACUGAUACAUAGACCAAUGGACUAAAUCAAGAGCCAAGUAAUAAUUCUAUGUAUUUACAGGCACCUAAUAUUUUUGUUAAGUAUAUUUUAUUGAUUAUGGUAUUACAGUUGACCCAUUUUUCCCCUUUGCCUCUUCCUGACUGGUACCCCUAUUCUCUCCAGCAAUCCCCACCCUUAGCUCAAUGGGUUGUACGUAUAAGUUCUUCGGCUUUUCUAUUUCAUAUACUACUCUUAACCUCCCCCUGUCUAUUUUGUACCUAGCAUUUAUGCUUCUUAUUCUCUGUACAUUUUGCCCCAUUCUCCCCUCUCCCCUGUACUGAUAACCUUCCUUGUGAUCUCCAUUUCUGAUUCUGUUCCUGUUCUACUUGCUUACUUAGUUUGUUUUUUAGAUUCAACUGUUGAUAGUUGUCAAUAUAUUGCCAUUUUAACGUUCAUAUUUGUAUUAUUUUCUUUUUCCUAGAUAAGUUUCUUUCACAUUUCAUAGAAUAAGGGCUUGAUGAUGAUGGACUCCUUUAAUUUGACCUUAUCUGGGAAGCACUUUAUCUGCCCUUUCAUUCUAAAUGAUAGUUUUUCUGGGUAGAGUGAUCUUAGAUGUAGGUCCUUGCUUUUCAUCACUUUCAGUAUUUCUUGCCUGCAAGGUUUUUCUUGAGAAAUCAGCUGACAAUCUUAUGGGAACUCCUCUGUAGGUAACUCUCUGCUUUUCUCUUGAUGCUUUUAAGAUUCUCUCCUUAUCUUUAAACUUCAGCUUUUUAAUUAUGAUGUAUCUUGGUGUUGCCCUCUUUGGGUUUAACUCCUUUGAGACUCUCUGAGCAUCCUGGACUUGUAUAUCUAUUUCCUUCACCAAAUUAAGGAAGUUUUCUUUCAUUAUUUUUUCAAAUAAGUUUUCAAUUUCUUGCUCUUCCUCUUCUCUCUCUGACACCCAUAUGGUUUACAUAUUGGAGUUCUUAAACUUGUCCCAGAGAUUCCUAAGCUUCUUCUUUCUGUUCCAGGGGAAUGUUUAUUUCUUCUUUUUGUUCUAAAUAAUUGAUUUGAACCUGGCUUCUUUCUGUUCAUUGUUGGUUCUAUAUGUAUUUCUCUUUAUUUCACUUUGUGUAGCCUUCACUUCUUCCUUUAUUUUGUGGCUGUACUUAGUCAUUUCUCUGAUCAUCCUGAUCACCAGUGUUUUGAACUCUGCAUCUGACAGGUUGGCUAUCUCCAUGUCACUUAGCUCUUUUUCUGGUGUUUUGUUCUGUUCUUUCAUUUAGGCCAUAUAUUUUUGUCUCCUCAAUUUGGCAGCCUCCUUGUGUUUCUACAUAUUAUGUAGAACUGCUUUGACUCCCUGUGUUGGUGCACUUGUUACAUUGUAAGGGACAGAGCCUUAGUUAUUUGACAGGGCAAGGCAACCUGCUUUGCUGCUUUAUGGCACUGUCUGUGGGGCAUAAGUCAAAGAGAAAACAAUGCCACUUGCUUGGCUCUCGCCUCAUUUCCAAUCACUUCCCCCAAUUCCUUUAAGUGAUUGGUGCCCUUCUAGCUGCUGCCCUGGUGCUGACUCCCCAAGUGAAUGUUUUGUGUAUGUUCUAGGACCCUGUGGGCCUUUAAACAGACUCUCCUGGGAGAGUGGCAAUUUCUUCUGCCACCCCAACCCCCACUGUUCUUUAUAGCCAGAAGUUAUGAGGCUUUAUUUACUGGUGCCACAAACUUAGACUGUGUGGUCUGGCCUGGGGCUAGGAUCAAUUACUCCUUUGCUGUCCCUCCUUUUUCUUAUCUGCCUCACGUGAAUGUGGGGCCAUCUUUCUCACCAGCCACUGUCACCACUGCCUUGCCAUGACGUACUGAAUUCUCUCUGCCCUGGCUGCCUAUCUCCACCUCUCUUACCAGCCUGGAUGAAUGAUUUUUCUUUAAAUCCUUGGUUGUCAGAUUUCCGUACAGUUAAAUUUUCUGGAAGUUCUGAUUAUUUUUUCUUUCUAGAUUGGUUGUUAUCCUUCUUAAGGUUAUGGGAGGAGGUGAAGCAUGUCUACCUAUGCCUCCAUCUUGGCUGGAAGUCACAGUAACCUACUGUUUGAGAAGAGACCAAGAAUACCCAUUAACUGAAAGACAUUUCUACAAAGAAGACAUGCAGAUGGUCAACAGACAUGAAAAGAUGCUCAGUAUCACUAAUCGUAACAAAAAUGUAAAUCAAAGCUACAAUGAGAUAUCACCUCACACCUGUCAGAAUGGCUAUUUAUCAAGAAGUCAACAAAAAACAAACAUUGAUAUCAUCACUCUGAUAGCGCUUUCCUUAAUAAAGGAACAUAAAUCCUCAAGAUGAGAAGUAACAGCACAAACACUACAAGAGCAAAGUGCACUGAUCUCCAAAUGCCAUUUCAGUACACCCUGUAUGCAACCACCUACAUUACCAUUUUCAUCCCUGGUCUUCUGGCCAAUACCAUAGCCUUGUGGGUUCUGUGGCGCUUCAUCAGCAAGAAAAAUAAAGCCAUCAUUUUCAUGAUCAACCUCUCUGUGGCUGACCUUGCUCAUGUGCUGUCUUUACCCCUCCGGAUUUACUACUACAUCAAUCGCCAUUGGCCUUUCCAGACACCCCUUUGCCUGCUGUGCUUCUACCUGAAGUAUCUCAACAUGUAUGCCAGCAUUUGUUUCCUGACCUGCAUCAGCCUUCAGAGGUGCUUCUUUCUUCUCAAGCCCUUCAGGGCCAAAGACUGGAAGCGUAGGUAUGAUGUGGGCAUCAGUGCUGCUAUCUGGGUCAUUGUAGGCACUGCCUGUUUGCCACUUCCAAUUCUAAGAAGUACUGGCUUAGCCAACAACACUGAGUUCUGCUUUGCAGAUUUAAGGCUUCAACCCAUUAGCAUGGCUUCCUCCAUUGCCAUGGUAACUAUAGCUGAACUUGGAGGGUUUGUGUUACCUGUUAUAAUUAUUACUUAUUGCACAUGGAAAAUGAGAAAAUCUUUACAGGAAAUCCAAGUUCCUCCUCAGAAUACCAAAGAGAGAAAAAAGGCUUUGUGGAUGGUUCUGAUGUGUGCAGUGGUAUUCAUUGUGUGUUUUACACCUUACCACCUCAACUUCCCACUUUUUAUGAUGGUGAAGCAAGAUGUGUUUUCAAACUGCUCCUUUAUCAAGAGUACUCUAUGUUUCCACAUAAUUUCCCUGUGUCUUGCAAAUCUGAAUUGUUGUCUUGAUCCAGUUGUAUAUUAUUUUAUGACCUCAGAAUUUCGUGAUAGAUUUUCAGAACAUGGUGGUCUGGUUUUUCAGUCAUGUGUGAGAUGCAAGGACAGUGUUUUAGAAAUCCAUCACAGAAAUGAGGAUCUUCAAACUAUCUCUCUUGAAUUUUUGGAUGAUUCCAAGACAACAUAAUCAAAUAAUUAGUGGGAAUGAUCUAUAUGCUCUAUCAAUAUAGCUAUGUCACCUUCAACAUGAUUCUUUUUUUUUAAGAUUUUAUUUAUUUAUCUUUAGAGGGGAAGGGAAGGAGAGAGGGAGAGAAACAUCAAUGUAUGGUUGCCUUUCAUGCAUCCCCUGCUGGGAAUUGGCCUGCAGGGAACUGGUCUGCAACCCAGGCAUGUGCCCUGACUGGGAAUCGAACCGCGAUUGUCUGGUUCGCAGGCCCGUGCUCAAUCCACUGAGCUACACCAGCCAGGGCAACAUGAUUCUUAAAAAAUGGUGCUGUUGACUGCUUUAGCAAAACAUACCUCCUUUUCUUUCAUUUUCAAAAUUAGUCUUUUGAAAGAGCUAUCCAUGCCUCUAUUUUAUGUCCCAAUGCAAACAUAUUGUUCUAUGGAGAACAUAGGAAAAUACAGAAAACGUAGGAGCAGUGGAAUGAAUAAUACAUCUGUUCCUCUGUAAUGGGUCCAGUCUUUUCACCUUCUUUUAUAAAAAUUGAAAACCAGUAGAUACAGGUGAAUUUUUGAAAUGUUUUAAAAUGUGCAUGAGAGUGAUAUGAUCCUAGCUUUAUUUCAAAAAUAACACAUUACUUGAACAAUGUAGACAAAAGAGGAAAGGUUUAUUAAAUUAAUAGGACGUAUGAGAACUCUUAUUCUUGUAAUUUAAAAUAUCUAUGACACUUUUACUUUCUCCCCUUGGAGAAACAAAUAAUUCAGAUUGAUCCCAAAUAUCUAAAAAAUAUCAACAGAUUCACACACAACACAUACACCUUAAACACAAAAUAAAAUUGUGUUCUAACUUAUUCCAUAAAGUUUACUGUCAGGUUUUUCAAUGAAAGCUCUUUGGUAGGGUGUCUCUGAGUAUGUGUGUUGUCAUGCAUGAUUUCACACAUUGGUACUCAUUCAGAAAAUAUUUUGUUUAUUUGUUCAUUUAAAUCAAUUGUGACAUGGUCUACCUAGAUUAAUUUACCUCCAUACAACCUCAGCCAAAAUCUUGCUUGAUAGAUUUAAACAAUGAAGAGUUACACACAUGCAUAUAGUUUUCCAGAUGGACCUCAUUUCUCACAGGUAAAGAUAUAUAUAAGGAGAACAUUGGUGAAUUAAGUCCUACUAUGAAUGAAAAAUAAAACAUUAUGUUAAAAUUACUUUGGUUAAAUAAUUUUGUAACACAAAUCACUCCCAUUGGAAAUUGUAAACAAAAUUUCACGUAACAGUUUUUAUUAAAAUAGUAUUUUAAAAGGCAGUGGUUAGUUUUGUAAAAUUACAGUCAUGCACUGACUAACAAUGUUUCCUUUCAGUCAAUGAUGGACCAGAUAUAAUGGUGUUCCCAUAAAAUUAUAAUGGGGUUGAAAAAUUCUUAUUGCCCAGUAAUGUUGUAGCCAUUAUUAUGUCAUAGUGCAAUGCAUUACUCAUAUGUUUGUGGUAAUGCUGGUGUAAACAAACCUAUGUGCUUCUAGUCAUAUAAAAGUAUAACACAUAUAAUUAUAUACAGUUCAAAAUGUUUGAUAAUGAUGAUAAAUGACUAUAUUACUGAUUUAUGUAUUCUCUAUACUAUUUUUAUUAUUGUUUUACAGUCUACUCUUUCUACUUAUGAAAAAAUGUUUACUAUAAAACCGUAUGCUGUUUUAGCUGGCAGCAAGCAGAUAGAUCUCAUGUUUGCCAUGUCUCUUGAUUGCAUUAUUUUCUCUUGUACUUGAUUUAAUCAUGUGUUGUUCUUUGUUGUGUUGUAAUAUGCUACAUAGGCUUGUAAUCUAGGAGUGAAAGGCUAUACCAUAUAGUCUAGUUGGGUGGUAGGUUCUACCAUCUAGGUUUGUGUCAGUGCUCUCUAUGGUGUUCUCACAAUGAGAAAACUGCCUAAUGAUGCAUUUCUGAGAAUAUUUUCUUUAUAUGGUUGGAAAUCACAAAACAUUUUAUUUGUGUGAAUUUUUUUGUAAUAAUGAUUGCCUAUCAAAACAACAACAGGCAAUGUUUACCACAGGGGGACUAAAGAAAACAGAAAAAUUCAAGUUCUCUGAAGUUAUUUAGGGAUCUAUAUUUUAGACAGUUGUGUCCUAUAGAAAUGAUUGUCUCUUCAAGUACCUAAAUAUUGAAAACACCAUUUCAUCUGGAAGUGUUUCUAAAAUAUACUAUUUCCUACCCACUUAAACAGUUUGCUUUAAACAAGAGGACAUGGUGUAUGAAAGAACUAUUCAUCCAGAUUCACAGGAGCAGAAUCUUAAUUUCGGGUCUUUCACUGAUAAGUUAUGUGACUUUGAGCAAGUUAGUACUUUUUGGUUUUCAUUUUUAGUACUUGUUCAUGAGGGAGCUGGACUAGAUGUCUGUAAUAUGAGACAAACUUUUUAGAAUGUGCUUUCUAAACUUCAAAGAACUUUAUAAAUAAUUAUUUUUGUUAUUAUUAGUAUUAACAUUGUUGUUAUUAUUUAAGAAGAACUUCAACUGUAAUAUUUAAUGUAAUCUUUUUAGCAUGACUGAGGAUCAUUAUAAACAUCAAUUAUUGUAUCAUACACAUUUGCUUCUCUCCAAGCUAUUGAAAUUUGUAGAAUUGCUUGUACCUAUACUAAAUUGGCCCUAUAAAUUUUUAGUUCUUAUAUAUUCAAUUUUUAAGGGCUUAUUUUCCCACCAAUUUCAGGCUAUCUAUUCAUACUUUUUGCCAUUGUCAGUAGGACUCUCUAAUAAAGUCCUUAUAAUUUUAAUUAACACUUUCUAAUAGUUUAUAGCUUUGAAAGUACACUAAUCAUACUAGUUAUAACAGAGUUUAAAUUUAACAAAAAUGAGUAAAAUUCUGCUUAUUUUAUUUUAUUUACAAAGGAUGUGCAUGGAAAAAGAACAUCUCCUAUGGAACAAAGUGUAUGGGUUUUACUUGAUGGACUUUAUGACAUCCAUUUUGGCUAUGCAGAACUAUUUUACUUCCUUCCUGGUUCUGUCAGCUGUGUUUGGAUAGCUGAUGUUGCCAAAUAUUUGAGUUCCAGUUUGUUGAGAUGUGACUAGAUGUUUAUGACAUCAAAAGUUUCUUGGAAUAUAAAUAUCACCAGGUUUAAAUCUAUCUAUCAUCUAUCUAUCUAUCUAUCUAUCUAUCUAUCUAUCUAUCUAUCUAUCUAUCUAUC